UAAAUUGCAGUAGCUUACCGUAUUGUGAACGAUUCACAUGCACCAAUCCAAUCGAAUAUUGUUUAUUAUUUUCCCGUGAAUAAUAAAUAGAUAUACAUUUAAAAACGCGUUUAUUAAGGUGCAGAUAUGAGUUCAUUCGACCUCUACGGUCUGAUAGCGCCGGUGUUUACUCCGUUGGACGCAGCCGGGGAGGUAGACUAUGACAUCAUACCAAAAUACGCCAAGUAUCUUGCCAAGCAGAAAAUUACCGGAAUUUUGGUUGGAGGCACGACUGGUGAAUUCGCAUCUCUGGAUAUAGAAGAAAGGAACAACAUUCUAGAUGCCUGGGUGAGCGUCGCGAAGCCCUACAACCUGAAGGUUCUGGCCCAGGUCGGGGGAGCACCUCUGCCUGACGUCAUAAAAAUGGUAAAAUUUGCUGACAAGCGGAAGGUGGACGGCAUAAUGACGCUGCCAGAGCUAUACUUCCGCCCGCGGACCGCUGACCAGCUCGUCGCGUACCUGGAAGUAGUCAGCAACGCUGCCCCCAGCUUGCCUCUCAUAUACUACCACUUUCCGAUGAUGACUGGUGUUAAUGUUAACGUAGCGGAGUUCUUCACGAUAGCAAAAAGCAGAUUACCAAAAUUCAUGGGCAUGAAAGCUGAUUUGGAAGUGGCAACCCACGUGGCGGACCAGCUCACAGAUGGUCGAGUUAUAUACGUCGCUAAUCAUUUACUAGGUCCAUCUGCGCUCAUGGGCCACGACUCAAGCAUAGCCACAGUCAACAAUAUAUUCCCGUCGCUAGCGAGUGACAUAGUUCGCCUCACGACCAAGGGCGAGGUCAGCCAGGCCAAGAAGCUACAGGAGAAACUGAACUCGCUGGUUGACGGGAUUACGUGUAAUGGAGAUUUCGUGCCAUCCAUGAAGGUAGCAAUGGAACUAGUGACUGGUGUCAAAGUGGGACCACCGAGGAUGCCGCAAAAACCGCUCAAUGAGCUUCACAAGAGACGCGUCAAGGAACAUUUGAAACGUUACGGUUAUUAAACAAGAAUAAAUUAUUGUAAAAAAUACAUUAAUUUAAUUUAUUAAAUUAUUGUCCAUUAGGGCUUGUCCGCACAAAGAUAUUUUACCGCGAGGUUUUUUCGAAAAUCUGCAACGUAUUGAAUCUUAAAGAUGUAGCCAUUCUAGCGGUACAAAUUCGCGGAAAAUAAGUCUGUGAUUUGAUGCAAAUUGAACGCGAAACAAUUUUUUCGCGCAACUAUUUCGUACAGACUACAGUAUAGGGUACAAUAAAGAGUAAAAACUAUUUAGUUAUCUUUGAUCCAUACCACCACAGAGUAAAUAAAAGUUAUGUCCGCACUGCGGAAUAAAAUUCGCGCGUUUUGCUCAGUCGUGCAACGGCGCUAUUGAGACAAUAACGGGCUUCAUCUUUAGCCUGAUCAGUGGACGAUAGCCAUGCAAGAAGACGAGAUUGAUUUGGAGCAACUAAGCGAGGGACGCGAAAGAAAAUACCACUGUUAAAUGUCGCUGUGCGGACAAUCCCUAAAUCUAUUAGUUCAGGAUACAUCGCCCAUUUUUGCAAGUGACUACAGACUAUCAAGCUGAUUUUCCGUUUGUAGCUUUAUUUUGAUGAGACACCGAAUAAUUUCGUGUACG